AUGUUCGCCAAGAGCCUCAUUCUCGCGCUCGCCGCCGCCGGUGCUGCCACCGCUCAGGUCCAGAACUACACCAGCUCGCUCGACAUGACGAUUGACCCUAACCAGGUCCCUGCUCAGGACCGCGGCCAGUGGUGCAAUGCCGAGACCAACACCUGCUCUCAGCUCUGUAACAAUGAUGCUAGCACGAAUGACUGCUCUGCUACCACCCUCCAGUACAAGUGCCUCUGCAGCUCCAACAGCAGCACCCCCGGCCUUGAGUACUAUUCUCAGACAAUGCCCACCUUCAUCUGCCUGAAGCUCUUUGAUCAAUGCACCAGCCAGAACGUCGGCAACGCCAACAACCAGAAGCUUUGCAAAUCCAACAUCAUGUCGCACUGCGGUACCCUGGACCCUACUAAGGUUUCUACGGGCGGCUCCAGCAGCGCUUCAGGUUCUGCUACCUCUGCCUCUCCCCAGGCUACUAGCCAGACUGGUGGCAGCGGUUCCGCCUCGUCGACUAGCAGCAGCCAUGGCCUGGCCGCUCCCACUAUGGCCGCCGGCCAGGGCAUCGCUGCCGCCGCCGCCGCCGUUGGCGUCUUUGCUUAUCUCAUUUAA